AUGACUUCACGGCCGCCCGUGACAGACCAGACGCGCCCAUGGUUUGAACCCGUCGCGGUUUCGAAAGAUACCAAUGUCGAUAUUGUCGCCGUCCCGCCUAUAGGCGCCCAUCAUAGAAUGACAUGGAUAGCGCAUGGCGCAAAGUCAUCUUGGCUUGAACUUGAACUACUAAAACAUAUCCCUCGAGCGCGAGUCCUGCUGUAUAGCUAUGGAGAUCUGCGUGAUGAUACAAUCGACACUUUGGGUGAGCGACUGUUGAAUCAACUACAUACUGAGCGGAAAAAUGAGCCAACUCGACGUCCCAUUUUUCUCAUCUGCCACAGCACCGGUGGUCUCGUUGUAAAAGCAGCUCUAGCUCUAGCAUCGCGAGAGCCGAGCCAAUCCAUCUUAACUAGCUGUCAUGGCAUCGCCUUCUUUGCAACGCCUCACCAAGGCUCGACUUACCUUUCUGCCGAUGAGUAUGCUGCUAGUAUUCGUCAUCUCUUGCAUUUGCAAUAUGACACACCGGCAGCGCUAAGAAAGCAGUUGCGUCCCCGUCAAGAGCGUUUGUGGCAUCUAUCAAACCAGUUCAAGACCCUUUCAGCCGAUAUGAGGGUCUGGUCUUUUCUCGAAACUGUCGAUUCCACUAUGCGUGUGAUUGACGCUGAGACGAAUAAAAUGCUGGAGUUUCAUGUUCCAAUCACCUCGAUUCGGUCGGGGUUAUUAGAUAUCGAGAAUGAAAAAGAACUGCCCAUGGCGACAGAUCAUACGGGGACGGCAACUUUCCACGGUCAGGAGUCCACGCGAGAUCGAUUUCUCAAUGAGCUGGGCAAUGCGGCUGAAAAUGCGGUUGAAAUCUCAAAACGCGAGGACACGCCGUUGGGUGUAGAGCAGCAAGUCAUGGUUCAAAUCAAUGGCUUCUUCGAAGAUACGGCACUGGGCGUCAGUGACGACAGUCCGCUUAAGCUGUGGUCAACUAAGGUGUCCUUGAAAGAUUAUAUCUCUAGGGGUCCAUCGGCUUGCCUUCGGGAGAGACUGGGUCGAGUUCAGCCCAUUGGGUUGGACGACUCGUCGAUCAGCAGUUAUGAUAGUCCUCGCUCGUCUUAUAUUGCUUCUGGCUCCGAUCCACAUGAACAUCAUCAUGUUCAUGGUUAUCAUCACGAGCACCAUCAAGAGAAACAGGAUGAGAAAUCAAGGUCCCUGCGGCCUCCUCUUCCCUACAGGCGAAGUUUUGAUGACACGUCCGGUGCAUCUCCACAGAUCCAUAUCACCAAAGCAGAUAUGGAGGACUAUCGGAAUGACAUGCCAAGUGAAAGCCCACCUCCACCAAUGGAGCCAAAACGAAAGACCUCCCUCACCAAGGCACUGGGAUUCUUUCCAUUGACGCGAUCCCACCGUCGGAGCACUUCUGAAAGCAGCUCCCAGGGAAGCAUUGAACGGCCGCCUUCAAGCGCUUCAACAUCACAACCUGUGCAAUCUCCUUUCCUGGCAAUACCCAAGUCUACUCGGGAUCGCAUCAGUCAGAAUGCCGACGUGGCGGAUAUACCCCGAGCAGUCCCACGUUUUGAUCGACCUGAAGCCGAUACUGAGAAAUUGAUUUGGAUUCAUGUUCCGUACACGCAUACUGGUUGGGUAUCACAAGUCAUCCGCCGGGCGUGCCAGGAUAGUCAAGAACCUAGUUUUGUUCGAAAAUUCAUCAACGAUGAAAACUGGUACCAUCGGCUUAAUAGAGCUCGCCAUCUCGAGCCUCAUGCGCGUUUCGUCAAGCCCACGUGUAUUCACUUAAGACAAAUGGAUGCCUCACAGAGUUCUUCUGAUGCUGCCGAGGACCCACAACUAGCUUUAUAUUCUCCCUACCUACACUGGGAUACAUACCGCAACCUAAUCCAACGGCGCAAAGUAGUUGAAGACCGCCUUAACCAAGGCCGAUCCAGGCCCGUCCCAGGCCGAAUCUCAAAGGCAAGCCUGGAAGCCCAACUAAUCUGGACCUACCUCGGCUGCGAGCCCCCGGUGCACUUCCGUCGUACACUCGAUCAAUACGGGUAUCCUAAUCUGCGCUCGACCAUCGCGCGCGACGACGACCAGAUGCUCUGGAAGCGCACUCGUAGACCGGCCCGCAUUGACGAGCAGCUUAAAGAGUACCUACAGUAUGCACAGGAUGAUCCUGAUAACGAGGAGAUUGGCGAGUUCAUGGAUGGGAAUGUUCUGAUGGUUGAUCAGCUCUGGCUUUGGAUUGUUGAUCAAAAGACUGUUGUCACUUUCUUUCCAAACCAGGAGGCUAAUACCUCUGAGGGGAAGCUUUUUGAACAGUCGAACUUGCAUAGCAGCAUUUACAAUGAGCUCAAUGGCGAUCUCUCGCGUCGCUUUGAGACAGCUGGGGACUUGGCUGCUCUUAUUGUGCUGCAUUCUGUCACUGUUCUCCUGGACAAGACUCUGCAUCAGGACCUGCAGGUAUUACGGAUUUUCGAGGAAUCAAUUAGCAUUUUGACCGAAUCUGUCACCAAGUCUUUCAAGCGGUUCCGAAAUAGAGGCUUCACCAACCGCCCAGCAGAUCAUGACCGCACCUCAGACGGCAAGAUCAUGACACUCGCACAGCAAGAAUAUAAAGAGUUCCAGGUUGCUCGACGAAACCGAGAAGAUCUCUCCGUCCUGCUCGAGCUGCGCGACAUUGAGGAUGAGCUAUCUACCAUCCUAAAGCUACUCGACCAACAAGACGCGGUCAUCAAAAGUAUGGUCAAAUAUUUUGACAAUAGGGGUGGAUACGGCAGAUCUUUCCUUGAUACUGCACAGGAACGAAUCGACGAAUAUCGUUUACAGAUCAACGAAAUGAAAGAAAGUAGCCAUCUAGCACAGAAAGCCGUCGAAACUCUCCUCGAUCUUAAGCAGAAACAGGCAAAUGUUGACGAAGCCAAAAUGACUCGAUGGCAAGCCGAGGUCGCUCAAACGCAAUCGCGAGCAGUAAUGGUCUUCACCAUUUUCAGUGUCGUUUUCCUUCCUCUGUCCUUCUUCACCUCGUUAUUUGGGAUCAACGCCCGAGAGUGGAGCGGCGAAGAGAAGAACCCAACCCUAGGCCAAAUGUUACAGAUAGCCGCUCCGGCUUCCUUUGGGAUAAUCUUUCUCUCCCUCUUCAUGGCCUUCAGUGACACGCUACGCGAUAUUGUAUCAAAGACGCACAAGAUCAGCGUCGGCCUACUGAAAGACUUCAUCUUGCGUCCGGUUCGAUCAUUCGUCGUGGAAUCCAUCAGAGGAAAAAUGCCUGUUCAUGUUGUGCCUGAGGACUCAGACUUAAGGAAACGAUUCGAUGAAUACCUUGGCUAUGGAAGGAGGAAUAUGCAGCGUGAUGAGGAUAUCUGGCAGCGGUGGCAGGGGGAUCGAAUUUCUGGGGGGAAGGGGGCUAAGAAGGGGAAAUAUAAGGUGAAGGUUAGAUUGGAUCAGAGGACUCGUGGAGAGGUUUAG